AAGAGAACAAAAUAAAAAAUCACAAGAAACAGUAUAAUGAACAGUAACAUCCUUUCUCUUUAGGCCAAAAAUAUGAUGCCCAUCACCAUCUAGCUGAAACUCCCCACUGAUGAAAGCUAAAGCAUAAUAUGCAUUAGCUAUCAUCUCUCAACUCUCAACCAUCCAUGACCACCUCAUGAAUCUAGUGCAAAACCAUUUCAGGCCGCCAACAUGCACAGCUUCUUCUUCUUUAUGAUCAUCACCAGUACCAUCUUCAUGCAGCAAUAUAGCAACUCAAGAAGCUCACCAACCUCCUUUUAUCUUCAUCACUGAACUGGAUCUAUAUUAUUAUCAACAGAAAAUGGAUUAUGUACCUAGUUCAGACAGUCCUCCAUCAGACACUAGUCCUACAAGUAUAAGCCCCUUAAGUACAUCACCUCUCACUGCUAUCUCACCAUCUUCAUCCUCACCAUCAACACCAUCUCUCAGCCGCUAUGAAUCCCAGAAACGCCGUGACUGGAACACCUUCGGUCAAUACCUGAGAAAUCACCGUCCACCACUACCUUUAUCCCGUUGCAGUGGCGCUCAUGUCCUUGAGUUCCUCCGUUACUUGGAUCAAUUUGGCAAGACUAAAGUGCACCUCCAUAUGUGCCCUUUCUUUGGCCACCCCAAUCCUCCUGCUCCUUGUCCUUGCCCUCUCCGUCAAGCUUGGGGUAGUCUUGAUGCUCUUGUCGGCCGUCUCCGUGCUGCCUACGAAGAAAACGGUGGUAAACCUGAGAACAACCCUUUUGGAGCUCGUGCAGUCCGUCUCUAUCUUCGUGAAGUCCGUGAAACUCAGUCCAAAGCUCGUGGUGUGAGCUAUGAGAAGAAGAAGCGCAAGAAACCACCACCAACAUUGCAAGCAAGCACCAGCCACCAACUACCACCAUCCAGUGCAAGUUAAGUGCUAAAACAUAUCAUCCUCCAAACCAAUUUAAAACAUUACUUGUUAUCCAAAUAAUGUUAUUUGAUGUUUUCUCUAGCUAGCUAGUAGCUAUAUAACUCUUGAACUCCCCCUAUCUAUAAAUAUACAUAUAUAUAUGUAUAUGUAUAUUUGUUUGUAUGAGAUUGUGUAUUAAUUUGUGCUUGGACUAGCAAAUCUUGUUGUAUUGUUAUUUGCUGCAUGGACUGCUAGCUCUUCUUAAUUGCUAGCAGCUUGAAUUAAAUUUCAGCUGAAGAUGCUGCUAGAACU